CCUUUGGUGAAACGACCUUUAAAUAUGGAAAAACCUUUGCUUGUUGUCUAACGUACUUUCGAGUCGCAGAUCGUCUUGGUUUCAGCCAUGGUCCAAAAGUAAAAGUAAUACGCGGCGGAUUAAAAAAAAUGUACAUAGUUGUGAAGAUUUGGACUUACAAUUUACCUAUAGCUGUCACUAUUCAGGCAGGGUGUCAAGCACCUAAGGUUACUACAAGUAAAUCCAAAGAACCCGAUGAAAGUGCUGAUGAUGAGUCUAACUCUGACACUAAUGGUAAUGAUGAAAAUAAUACAACUAAUGUUGAAAGUGAUGAAGAAGAAGAGGCCGGGACUAAGACCGAAAAUGACGAGUCAGAAGCAGAAGAGGAAGCAACAGGUGAUGAUGCAGACGCCAAGGGUACCACAGGAAUCGAAAACGAUGAUGCGGAAGGAAUGGCUAAUGAAAAUGAGUCGCUCAGAAGUAGAAAUCACAGUAGUUAACAAGAUUAUAUGCCAAUCUGUUGUUGCCACUUCUUCUUUUAUUUAAGGUUGUUUUUCUUUGGUCAUUGUUCUCAGCGACUUGCUAAUGUUUAUUUGUAAUAUAAUAUACAGACAGAUACUAUAAUAUACAGAUAGAUAAUAUACACACUCAUAUAAUAUACAGGGUUAUUUGUAAAAUAAUAACAAUCUCGCAGGGCUAUUAUCCUAACGUUACAAACAACAACUUUUGUUUCAUGCUUUUAAUAAUUAAUCAGACGUUACUUUCAUACAAAAAUUAAAAUAUUUAAAUUGAUAGCUCUAAACUAUGAUAACUGUG